AUGAUAAAUCAAGUAAUAAAAUUUAUAGAUUUUAGCACUAUGAUAUACCUCUACUAAUUCCAAUAAUUCCUUUAUCACUAAUACCCAUUAGUCCAUGUCUAUAGCUAAUACUAAAAGAAAAAUUAAUUUAGAAUAAUUAUUUGUUUUAAGUAAAAAGUUAGAAUAAUUAAUCUUAGAAUUUAGAUGUAAGCUCAAAUUUAUAUGCAUCAACACUCAGCUUAAAAUGCUUAAGAUUUUUUAAUUUUUGUAAAUAAGGAUAAAGUUCUUUCUCAUAACUUUCAAUAUAUUCUGAUAUAUAGAGAUCUAAAAUUUCAGUAUUGA